AAACCUCCUUUAUUUCCCCGUUGCCACAAAACCCCAAAAAUUCGCUCCGUCUCUCUCUGUCUCUGUCCACGUACGCCGCACAGGUUAUCGAGCGAGUGAGCGGUGUUGUUGCGGAGGUUUGAUACGAUGGCGACCAACGAACCGCAGCACGAGAACAGAGAGGAGGAAGAGACAGUAGCCAACGAGGACGAGGACACUGGAGCUCAGGUCGCUCCGAUAGUCAGGCUCGAGGAGGUCGCCGUCACCACUGGUGAGGAAGACGAAGACGCCAUCCUCGAUCUGAAAUCGAAGAUGUAUCGGUUCGAUAAGGAUGGGAAUCAGUGGAAGGAGAGAGGUGCGGGUACUGUUAAGUUUCUGAAACACAAGGAGACCGGCAAGAUUCGUCUCGUUAUGAGGCAAUCUAAGACUCUGAAGAUCUGUGCCAAUCAUCUCAUUUUGUCUGGCAUGACUGUUCAGGAACACGUUGGAAAUGAGAAGUCCUGCGUAUGGCAUGCCUCUGACUUCUCCGACGGGGAAUUGAAGGAUGAGCUCUUCUGCAUCCGGUUCGCAUCAGUUGAAAAUUGCAAAACAUUUAUGCAAAAGUUCAAGGAAGUUGCCGAAUCUGAAGAAAAGGAAGAAGAGAGCAAAGAUGCAUCAGAAGCAGCUGGUCUUCUCGAGAAGUUGACAGUUGAAGAGAAGAAAACCGAGGAGAAAUCUGUGGAGGAAGCACCACCAUCAACAAAGGAAGAUGAGAAGAAGAGCGAGCCAGAGGAAGCAAGUGAACAAAAGAAAACCGAAGAGUCUGGGUCCUCGGCUUAGAUGUGUUUGCUGUUCUUCUGCCAAACCAGCUUGUGUGCGUGGCUGGAUACAUACACGGUGAGGUAUUCUAUAUUUUGUAGUUGUUUCAGGAUCCCUCUCGUGUUUAAUCAGUGUCAUGGUGUCGGUCUAUGUCAUAUUGACAGGGUCGGUGUUCUGCCGAGUCGUUUUGAGUCCAUUUGUCGUAAGUCAAAAAAGUGUUAGUUUGUGUUUGCAUAUCAGAAUUUAAGUGAUUGGGUUUGGUUUUGGGGAUAGUUGUUUUCAGUCUGUUUUCUGGUUGCAUGGCAGUGCAAGAUUUUACUGUGAUUUCUUUGGAUGGGGUUCUGGUCGCAUUUUGAGGAGAGUCCAUUUUAUUCUAUAUUAAGUAAUAUACGAAUGGUGUCAUCAUCUCCAAGUGUUUAAGAGUUUUGGUUGUUACCUUUGCA